AGCGCCGAGGAGCUCCUUCGUGUUGUUUUCUGCGUGUGUAUAUAAAGAUAUAUCUUCUUUAUAUCUCUCUGCGACGCCUCUUCGUAACUCAUAAGGGCUGAAGCUACGGUCGUGCUUCGUUUCCAGAUUAUCCGCUGCAAAUCUUUGCUGCCGUUCUGUUUUCGGUUCUUGGAAAGGCGAAGAUUCUGCGGGUUCGAUUGUAUUUUAACCAAGUUUUCGCUUGUAUUGAGAGAUUUCAGUGAAGAAUCGCUCUGUUUUGUUCAUUUUCAGAUGCAGAUGAUGAUGAUGAUUUGAUCUCGUCUACUUGUGUCAAAUUUUUGCUGUUUUCUUUUUUCUUUCACUUGAGGAAUUAAAAUGGGAGUGAAGGUAGCUACGACGUGUUUACAAUGGUCGCAGCCUAUCGUUCAUCAUUCUUCUUGUUACUUGCAAACCCUAGCCUCCACAGUUUCAUCUCCUUCAUCGGCGCGGCGGAACCGUAGCGAUGGAGGAGCUCUGACGAGCCGGUGCGUUCAUACGCUUGGUCGACCAGGUCUGCUCGGAAUCCCGCUCGCGAAGUUUCAACGGUCUCGCUCUUGCUGCGGUAUUAAGCCAAGAAUUCAGACGAUCAGAAGAGCUUGUAGUGCCAAUUUGGAUGGUUUCUCAGACGAAGAAUUCUCCAAACAGAUUCAAGAUUUGGCGCUUAGAUUUCAAAUCUCCGCUGAGAACAGUAUCGAUGCGAACGCCGAGGGUAUGGAAUCGGUUUCCGAUUCCGGAGUUGGUGAAUUCAAUAGUGCCGACUGUUCAGUACAAAAUCAGAUGCAAAUCACACCACCUCAACUGGCUUCAUCAGAACUUCCAUGGCCAGAAAUUCACGGAGAACCUGAAAUAAUUGCAGACGAUAUUGAGCGGAAGGCGAACAGCGUUGACUUUCCCCUGUCUCUUCGAAUCUUAAAGAGGAAAAUGCAAUGGCACGAAGGAAUCAGAGAAGCAAGAGAGUCCGCUUAUUGUUCGGUAAAGAAAGCAUUCUCCUCCAUGGUUUUCAUGAUCCGAGAGCUCCAUUGCUAUUCAUUAAAAUUGAGAGAGAUCCUCUUUUAUGAAGAUUUACAAGGCAUUCUGAACCGAGUUGAGAAAGAGAUGCACGCUUCGUUUGUAUGGUUAUUUCAACAAGUUUUCUCGCACACUCCAACUCUAAUGGUGUACGUGAUGAUUCUCUUAGCGAAUUUCACAGUCUAUUCAAUGGGAAACAAUUCCGCAAUUGCGGCUUCCUCAUCUCCCGGCCCUUCUCUAACGCAGACGGUUGAGGAGGUUGUUCAACUCGAUAACCGAAAGCAUCAGAAAUUUGAUUCCUCCACAAUCAAGACGUUUUCAGCGUCUACCUUCAACGGAAAAACAACUUUCAUCGGCGGCAAUGGCGGCGGCGGCGGAAAGGUCCGACCGAUUGCCACUGGCACAGACGGCGACGGAUUCAAUCGAUCCAUCAAUUACUCUACCGUGAUACCAGACGGUGCUUCCCAGUUGUCCUCAAUUGGAACGUCAACAGAAGAAGAGUCCAUUUCAGGGGAAACCAUCAAAGAAGAAGAGCUGUCUCGAUGGAAAUCAAUUCUCGAAGAAGCGUCACAGAUGCAAUCUGCAGUGAGAAACGAAGCCAUAGAUGAAGACGUGAUGAGGAGAUUCGUAUCGCCGGUGACGGCGAAGAUCGAAGCGGACGAUUACCCAGAGUAUUUCAGAACAGAGCUUCUGUACCAAACAGGACUAUCCCAAGACCCCAAUAAUCCCCUCCUCCUCUCCAAUUACGCUCAAUUUCUCUACCUCGUUGCUCAUGAUUACGACAGAGCGGAGGAUUACUUCAAGAGGGCAGUGGCAAUAGAACCGCAUGACGCAGAGGCGUACAACAAGUACGCGACAUUCUUAUGGAAGGUGAGAAAGAAUUUGUGGGCGGCGGAGGAGUCAUUCCUCGAGACCAUUUCUGCGGAUCCUGCCAGCCCAUUUUACGCUGCAAAUUAUGCCAAUUUUCUAUGGAACAGUGGCGCUGAAGACACGUGCUUCCCCAACCCCACCUCUGGCGCUGCCGCUUCCAACUCCCCUGAAGACGCCUAAUUGGGGAAAUUUGUAAACCCCCAAAAAACAAAGGAAAAGAAAAAUACAAAUAAACGGAAGGAUAAUGAAAUCGAAAAAAGGAUUCAAUGGUGCUGCAAUGGUAGGCGUCAUGGUUGAUCAGAAACAGGAUUUUGGCGGCUCUUGGAAUGGAACUGUAAGUUUCCUCUUUCCUCUCCUCCUUUCUCUCUCUCGUGUAGAUUUUUACCCUAUGUGGGCGCCAUUUUCAGAUGGCCAAGUGUAAUUAUUCUUUCUUUCUUCCUUUUUCCCUCUUUGACAAAAUAUCAGUCUCUGAAUA